CGUCCGGAUCCAGAGCUCUCAAAGGGCAGCGGGGAAACAUGGAGGCACAUGGCACCAUCCGGGCACCUGGGCACCUGGGGCGUGUGCGAUCCUAUCAUGUUGCGUCCAUUCACAAUGCCAUGAAGAUCCAGGGUGUGCGUCGAGGGAAAGAGAGAUCCCAGUUGUACACUACGGUGACGGACUGCUCUGUAUAGUCCCAUUUGUAUAUAACAUUCUUCGAGGAACCUCUUGCUCCGGCUGUCCCCCUUCUUCUUUUCUCAUUGUAAUUGUCAUCAAACUACCUACAAGUUUG